AGAAACUCUAGUACCGGGAGAAACUCUAGUAGGUAUAAAACUUCUUCAACUCGCCGCUCUCUCUCUCUCUCUCUCUCUUUGCUCUCUCUGAUCAGGACCACUUUACUCUCUCUGAUCAGGACCACCAGAUUAUAAGUCAUCCGUGCAUCAGGAAUUCCAGCUUGAUCUUCUUUCUUUCUUAUUAAUGGCCGUCAGCAAACUUUUUAAAGAUGAAGCUACUGAGGAAAAGGGUGAGCGGGCUAGAAUGGCAUCAUUUAUUGGAGCAAUGGCAAUCGCUGACUUGGUGAAGACAACUUUAGGGCCCAAGGGAAUGGAUAAGAUCUUACAAUCAACUGGCAGAGGACGCAGUGUUACUGUAACAAAUGAUGGUGCCACCAUCUUAAAGUCCCUCCAUAUUGAUAACCCAGCUGCUAAAGUCCUUGUCGACAUUUCAAAAGUUCAAGAUGAUGAAGUGGGUGAUGGGACAACUUCUGUUGUUGUUUUGGCUGGGGAGCUUUUAAGGGAGGCAGAAAAGUUGGUAGCAACAAACAUCCAUCCAAUGACAAUAAUUUCAGGUUUAUUUAAGAUUCUUACUAUCUUUUCCCGGGGUUUUACUUUUGUCAGCAAGGAAUUAUUCCAUCUAUAUUUUGAGUUUCAAAUUCAGCUCACGGUGACCUUCAAAGGAUGGCAGAGCUUAGUGGCAAGUGAAUGGCAAAAGGUGACGAGUUAUGCUCUUGGUCUACUGAUCGUUUCUGGGGAUGGAGUUGAAAUUGUGGUUGGUGGUGGUGGAUGGUGGGGAUGGAGAGGUGGCACUGAACAGGUUGUCCAAGGCACUGAAUAUGACCGGCUCCACCUCCUCUUUGGCGGUGGCCAUCAACGGCUGAGGCGGAAUGCAGUGCAUCGCUGGCAGGAGGUGGGAGGGAGGACGGCAACAAAAAUAGUCGAUGUGGUGGUGAUGGACAGUGGGGGUGGUGGUGAUGGAGACAUUGUGCUGUGUUGUUCACUCAAAUUAGGUUUGCUUCUGAAAUUUUUGUUUUUCAUGUGGAUGCCUAUCUGGUUUGGGUAUGAGUGGUUUUCACCGAUUCUUUUGCUGGACUGCCGGACUCACGUAGCGGAAUUCACUCUUUUCAAGAAAGUAAUCCGUAUCCAAUUUUCUUCAAGUUUGAUGCAUCUAGUAGAUUGCGGCAGUACAAACUUAGAAUCCAUCCAGAUUAUUAAGAAACCUGGAGGAUCACUGAAAGAUUCGUUUUUAGAUGAGGGAUUUAUUUUAGACAAAAAGAUAGGUAUUGGACAACCAAAACGUAUAGAGAACGCAAAGAUAUUGGUGGCAAAUACUGCAAUGGACACAGAUAAAGUGAAAAUUUAUGGGGCACGUGUUCGUGUUGAUUCAAUGUCCAGGGUUGCAGAGAUUGAAGGGGCUGAAAAGGAAAAAAUGAGAGAGAAGGUGCAAAAGAUUAUAGCUCAUGGGAUUAACUGCUUUGUUAACCGACAGUUGAUCUACAAUUUCCCAGAGGAACUCUUUGCUGAUGCAGGAAUCCUUGCAAUUGAGCAUGCUGAUUUUGAUGGAAUUGAGCGCCUUGCUUUAGUCACUGGCGGUGAGAUUGCAUCGACUUUUGACAAUCCAGAGUCAGUUAAGCUUGGGCACUGCAAGCUCAUUGAGGAAAUUAUGAUUGGCGAGGAUAAGUUGAUCCACUUUUCUGGUGUUGAGAUGGGUCAGGCAUGUACAAUAGUAUUAAGAGGUGCGAGCUUUCAUGUGCUUGAUGAAGCUGAACGAUCUCUGCAUGAUGCUUUGUGUGUGCUGUCUCAGACAGUAAAUGACAGCAGGGUUUUGCUCGGAGGUGGAUGGCCUGAAAUGGUGAUGGCAAAAGCUGUGGAUGAGCUGGCCUGGAAGACUCCUGGGAAAAAAUCUCAUGCUAUUGAAGCUUUCUCAAGGGCACUCGUGGCAAUUCCAACUACCAUUGCUGACAAUGCUGGUUUGGACAGUGCAGAGUUGAUUGCUCAGCUCCGCGCAGAGCACCACAAGGAGGGGAGCACUGUAGGGAUUGAUGUUAUCUCUGGUUCUGUAGGAGAUAUGUCAGAGCUGGGGAUAUCCGAGUCAUUCAAAGUUAAACAGGCUGUAUUGCUCUCCGCAACCGAGGCAGCUGAGAUGAUUCUAAGAGUGGAUGAGAUCAUCACUUGUGCUCCGCGGCACAGAGAGAACAGAAUGUGAAACCAUCGACUUUUAGGGCGAAGGUAAGGAAGGACAUUUUUCCUCGCGCACUCUUGAAUGUUUGGCAUCUGUUAAUGUUAAGGUGUGUAAUAUUAUGAUUAUCUGUUAACGAGUGUAACUGGGGUUUUGCAAUAGAAGUGGUUUAGGGGGUGUUUGACAUUUUUAAGAAGUUUCUUUUGUUUUUAGACAUAUAUAUGAAUUUUGCCUGUUCUACUCAACAUUUUAAUUAUCAAGCGAGGGCUGAUGUACAACAGGUGAGAUUUGCUGCUGUGCAUUACACUACUGAUAACCUCUUCUUGUUCUGAAUGAGAAAAAAACACUUAAAACCA